AGAACAUGGCGGAAGCGGAGUGAACGAUUUGUACGUCGAGCGGGUAGAAGAAUCAUUUCACAGCAAUGGAAAGUGAACCGAGCACAACAACAUGUUCUACGUGCACAACAACCAUCACCACCACAUCUUCCCCGUCCCAUACACAGCCACCUCAGAUAUCUGUUUAUAGCGGUGCAGAUCGGCAUGCUGUGCAGGUUAUUCAGCAGGCCUUGCAUCGUCCCCCUAGCUCAGCAGCACAGUACCUUCAGCAGAUGCAUGCAGCUCAAGAGCAGCAUCUAAUGUUACAAACUUCUGCUUUGCAACAGCAGCAUUUGAGGAGCACUCAGUUCCAGAGCCUGGCCAGCGUCCCACAGGCAAACCGGUCAGGUGGGAGGCAGUGCGCAUCCGCCAAUGGCAGUGUCACUCAGCAGUCAAGCAUGUCAGAGACCUCGAUUAAUCUCUCUGCUUCUCCUACACCUGCGCAGCUAAUAAGCCGUUCACAGACCUCCAACACUAGUAGCAUGCUGUUAGGGAGCACCUCUCCUCCUCUGACUGCAAGCCAGGCUCAGAUGUACCUCCGAGCUCAAAUGCCAUGGGCAAUACAGAGUCUGUCCUGCUUGAAGUAG